UGGCCGGCGCUUGACUAUUUUCGACUUUUGUGUGUACGAGAUUUGUCGAGUUCCCCAUCGCAUAUUCAAUGGUGUUGAUUGUCUUGUUCAACCUUCAGCAAGCUGUUGGAAUUUUUUAUGUUGGUUGCAACGCAAUACUCACGGAAUAUGUUACUUUCGUUCCAUUGAGUUUGAAGGUUGGGAAUCGAUAUUUGAACUGUUGCACAGAAUUUGAAGGUGCUUGCUGGUGCCGCGGACUCUACACUCGUGCUUUGCUCACGUACGGAGGAAUAUCGACGCACUUAAGUGUUUAAGUUCAAUUCAGAUUGUACAUAGUCUAGUGGAUGAUCUAUCAACUUACCCCAUUGCUGAUAUUUUCGACACUGGUGCUACGUACAAAGAUGCAGUGAUAUGGCUCAGUCAACAUCAUGUGAUGUACCGUUGGAGCCGUUGACGGCUGUUGAUCCUCAUGAUGCGCAGCCACCGCAAGACUCCGCAAUUGGAGCACAUACUGCAGCCCAGUUGUCAACUGCUGAAGCACCUCAGUCCAUUGUAACUGUUUCUCAGCCUUUGUCCGCAGUACCUGCUGCCAAUGUCCUGCCCGUUCACUUUCCUGAUAGUUCUGUAGUUAGAACGGCCGACUCGGCAGGAGUAUCCAGUGAGGCUCUCGGGAAGAGUUUGCUAGAUAAAGAUUGCACUGCUUCCGUUACAUGCAGUACCACAUCCAGCACAUCUGCAGGUGUACAGACAUGCGAUGCUACUAGCGAUUCUCAGCCUGCAACUAGCACUGCUGGUGCUGCUGCACCUCCUAUGUCCCACGUUACGACUAACUCAAGUUCUUGCAGUGUUUCGCAUGUAGCAAGCCAGCAACCAGCCGAUAUUGAUAGCAAGGCGAGUGUGGCCGAUUCAAGUGGUCAAUGUAACGUAACCCAAUCUUCCAAUGCUGUGAUAUCCACUGCCAAGGCGAUUGGUAAUGGCGAUAUGGAUUUGCUAACAAAGUCAACACAGCCGCCCAGUGUCGUAACGGCCUCAGAACAGCGUACCACUGCUGCAGAGUCCACCAAUGUUGCUACAGAUGAGAGGCAACCAAUAGCAGUGGUAAGUAGCCCUGCAGUUACUACCCUGUCAGUUCCUCAAAAGCCGCCUUCACUGGAUGCCACUACUUCAAGCAAUGGCCAGUCUGCAACUCCAAAGUCUAUUGUUAGUUUGGGAACUUCUUCCCUUGUGGCUGCAGCCAGUACACCGAGUCCCGUAAAGAGUGAAUCAAUUGUGUCAACUUCAGCACCAGUGUCAACUGAUACUAACGUGCAGGCGAAGUCAGAACAUCAGUUAGCCGAAUCAGUACAGCAGACAGUGCAGGCAGCGCAAACAGCAUCCAGAAUGCUACAAAGUUCCACGUCCAAUGCGUUGUCAAGUUCUACAUCUACGUGUGCAUCUUCUGGUGUAGAUGGUCACCACACUAACCCGACAGCAUCAGUAUCCGGUGCUACAUUGUCCGCCACUGCCAGUGUUUUUCCUUCUGCGAAUGUGACGGGUGCAGCUCAGGUGACUAAUGCUCAACAAACCGCGCUUCUACAGCAGCAACACAUGCAACACCUGGCUGUUGCGCAGCAAAUUGGUGCUCGUCUGCAAAUGCCUCACCCUGCUUCGCAAGGAGUUAUUCCAUCUCGGCCGAAUAUCUUGCAGCAGUCAUUGCCUCCACGUGGAAGACCUACGACUAGUCAGACCACUGCUUCUCAGGUGUUGCAUGGUGGCCUAAAUGUAAGGCUACCCGCCAUGACACCGGACGAACAGCAUCAGUAUCGUCAGCAGCAGUUUAAUCGGUCACUUGCAAUCGUCUCGCAGGCUAUUGUUCCAGCUAUUCAAAAAGUUGAGACGGAACUACAACAGCUUCGAAAAGAAUACUCGGAAGAAGAGACUGGUGUUCCAUUUGAGGAUUCUCCCGCUUACAAAGUGAAACAGCAACGUCUUCAGCAGUUAUCUGGAGCAUACCAGAAGCAAAUAGAUCAGCAAAAGAUAUUGUCUGGGGUGACUGGUCCUGUUCAGGCAUCACCUGCUGUUGCUGCUGCUGCCAAUGCACCAGUUGUAGCUACACAAGCUGUCCAAAGUGUUCAGGCACAGUUGCAAGCUGCCGCCCAGCAACCUGCAGUUCAGACACCAGCAACAGUAGUAGCUGUGACAGCAGUAGCCGCUGGUAUCACGCAACCUGUUGUACCUGUACCCCAAAUAUCGCCUGGACCAAUGUCUGUUACGCAACUGACAUCACAGAUGCAAAUGCCUGCUAUUCCAGGUCAAGUGCAGCACACACAGCAGCAAUUACACCUUCAACAUCAGCAAAUGCAGCACUUGCAGAUGCAACAGCAGCAAAUGUUGCAACAGCAACAACGAAUGAUGCUCGCUCAGCAGCAACAACGGCAACAAAUGGAGAUGCAGCAAGCUAGGGCUGCAGCGGUAGCAAGAAAGCAAGCUCACGCUCAGCUAGGACUGGCUGUUGCACAGGGAACCCCGAGAGGUCUAAAUUCACGCAAGCAACAGAAACGUGGUGGUGGUGGUGGUGCAGGUGCAGGUGGUCGCAGAAAACGUGCACGCGAGUCGUCAGAGGAAGAUAUAGCAGAGGAGAGCGAUGAAUCAGUCCCGGAAACACCACCGCCAGCCACACCAGAGGCUGCUGCGUUGGAUUCUCAGAGUCUUCGAAGAUCUUCGCGGCGUUCAGCUGCAAGAAAGAAAAAGUAUGUGGACGAUAUUGACUUGAAUCUGAGUGACUCUGAUCAUGAUGAUGCUUCUGGCUCAGCAGCAGCAUUAGCACAGAAAGAAGACCCAGUGGCUGUUCUGCAAGAGAAAGGUGAACCCGUCCCAUUGCAUCUAAACCAUUUCCAGAAUGAUGUCAGUGAGGAGACAGCGAAUGUCGUAGACAAGGUGUUGUCUGUGCGCUCACGACGGCCCAAAACUGGAGAAACGGCUAACCUUUCAGAUGGUAGCAUCGAGGAGUAUUAUGUCAAGUACAAGAACUUCUCUUACUUGCACUGCGAAUGGGCCACAGCAGAUAAGCUGGCUAUUGGUGACAAGCGAAUUCACCAGAAGGUCAAGCGCUUUUGGAUCAAGCGCAACUCUAUUGCCAACUUGUUUUCGCUUGAUGAUGAAGAGCCGUUUAAUCAGGACUAUGUGGACGUGGAGCGUGUGCUGGAAGACGCAGUGGAAGACGGGGAGGUAACUCACUACUUGGUCAAGUGGCGUGGACUCGCCUAUGAGGAGAGUACCUGGGAGCUACCACAAGACGUACCAGAGGCUCCACUGCAGCAGUGGAGAGCGCGUAACAAGAUGCCACCCGCGCAAGAACUACAGUUUAUUCGUCGACCCGGCCCAGAGCGUUGGAAACGCUUGACUGCAUCGCCUGACUUCAAGAAUGGCAAUCGCCUGCGUGCUUAUCAACUGGAGGGUGUUGACUGGCUCAUGUUCCGCUGGCAUAACCAUGAAAGCUGCAUUCUUGCUGAUGAAAUGGGCUUGGGUAAAACCAUUCAGACAGUCGGCUUCAUCUCUCAGAUCAAUACCCAUGGUAUAACUCGUCCAUUUUUGGUCAUAGCACCGCUGUCUACUAUUCAUAACUGGCAGCGCGAAUUUGAAACCUGGACAGACAUGAAUGUCCUGGUUUAUCAUGGAAGUUCGUACAGUCGCCGCUUGAUCAGUGACUAUGAACUGUACUAUCGUGAUGAAAAGCUUCAAGUCAUUCCCAACUUGUACAAGUUCAAUGUCAUCAUCACGACCUAUGAGAUGAUUUUGGCUGCUGAAGAUCCAACACUCUCAUCAAUAAUGUGGCGCGCAGUUGUGAUUGAUGAAGCACAUCGACUGAAGAACCGCAACUGCAAACUGAUCGAGGGCUUGGAUCAACUUCAAAUGGAGCACAAAGUCCUUCUAACCGGUACUCCCUUGCAAAACAACGUGGAAGAACUGUACAACCUGCUCAGCUUCCUACAGCCGCAGCGAUUCUAUAGCGAGGCUGCCUUUAUGGAAGAGUUUGGCAACUUGAAGACAGAAAGUCAAGUUGAGAAGCUUCAGCAGCUGUUAAAACCCAUGAUGUUGCGUCGUAUCAAGCAGGAUGUAGAGAAGAACAUUGCCCCCAAGGAGGAAACAGUUAUUGAAGUAGAGCUUACAACCAUGCAGAAGAAGUUCUAUCGUGCUAUCUUGGAGCGAAACUUCUCUUUCUUGUCACGUGGUGGUAGUGCACAGAACAUGCCUAGCUUGAUGAAUACCAUGAUGGAGCUAAGGAAAUGUUGUAACCACCCGUUCCUUAUUAACGGUGCUGAGGAACGUAUUGUGGGCGAAUAUUGCCAGACCCAGUCACUGACACCUGCUCAACUCAACCAGUCGCAGAGUAUGAAAGCGCUGAUUGAAGCAUCUGGCAAGCUGGUGCUCAUUGAUAAGCUCUUGCCCAAGUUGAAAGCCGGUGGACACAAAGUACUGAUUUUCUCUCAGAUGGUACGCUGUCUGGACAUCCUGGAGGACUACCUGCGGUAUCGGAGGUAUCUGUAUGAACGCAUCGAUGGAGGUGUGCGUGGCAACUUACGUCAAGCUGCAAUUGACAGGUUCUCAAAACCAGACUCAGACAGAUUUGUGUUCCUCCUGUGUACCCGUGCGGGUGGACUGGGUAUCAACCUGACAGCAGCAGACUGCUGUAUCAUCUUUGACUCGGACUGGAAUCCCCAAAAUGAUCUACAAGCUCAGGCACGCUGUCAUCGUAUUGGCCAAAACAAAGCUGUCAUGGUCUAUCGUCUCAUCACCAGAAAUUCCUACGAGCGUGAAAUGUUUGAUCGUGCCAGCAAGAAGCUCGGUCUAGAUCGUGCUGUCUUACAGAACAUCAGCAAGGGUGCUAAUGCUAGUCCAACACAGAUGCUCAACAAGAAAGAAGUUGAAGAUCUCUUGCGUCGUGGUGCGUAUGGUGCUAUCAUGGAUGAAGACGAUGCAGCAAACAAGUUUUGUGAAGAGGACAUCGAGCAGAUUUUGUCCCGGCGUACUCAGGUUAUCAACAUCGAGACUGAGGGACCAGGCUCAACAUUCGCAAAGGCAAGCUUCGUAUCAGAGAAAGGUGCUGCUGACAUCAAUGUGGACGAUCCUGACUUCUGGGAGAAGUGGGCCAAGAAGGCAGAGAUUGAAGACGAUGCAUAUGGUGAUCAACUCAUUAUUGAUGCUCCACGCCAGCGCAAACAGACACGCCGGUUUGGUAAUGACGAGGCAAUGGACGUAUCUGACUUUGAAGACCUUGGGUCAGACUCUGAUUCCAAGGGUCAGUCUGCAGCCAAAGUUGCCGCUAACAGGUCCAAGGCAUGGACAAGGCACGAAUGUUUCAGAGUGGAAAAGAACCUACAGACGUUUGGUUGGGGCCGAUGGGAACAGAUUGCCUAUCACCCACCGAUGCUGAAGAGGACCUUAGCACCGCUUGAUGCUGAGUCAAUGUGCCGUGCCGUUCUGGUGUACUGUAUUCAACAUCACCAAGGAGAGAAGAAACUACGCGAGUACGCUGAACAGCUGCUGCGUGCUCCGUGCACUGUUGAUGUCACUGAUGAAGCACAGAAGAAAGCAGUGAAGAGAUCAAAGAAGUAUUGCAAGAGAGACUGUUCUGAGAUUGGAUUGCGUGACUAUGAGUAUCUGUUCGAUCUGGAUUUGCUUAACCUGUUCACGGAUGAGCGCUAUCGCAAGCACAUGCAAGGACAUGCCAACAAGAUUUUGACUCGUGUCAAGAUGCUUCAUGUUCUCUCCAGUGAAGUGAUUGGUGAUCAGGCUGACCUCAUCAUGAAUGGAAUGCCUGCCAAUGACUUACGCAUGGACUUCCCACCGCCUGAAGAUGUUGAACCGCCGUCAACCUGGUGGGAUGAAGAAUGUGAUCGGUCACUGAUGACUGGAGCGUACAAGCAUGGGUAUGAGCGCUUUGCAGCAAUGCGUGGCGACCCAUUGCUCUGCUUCCUGGAUCGGUGUGGGCCAGCGCCUGUCAAGUCCCGCAGCAAAACCUCCGGUGCUUCGGGCUCAGGUGCGGGUGCCGGUGAUGAAGACGACAUGGACAAUAUGGAUGAUGAAGGAGAUGAUGAAGGAGAUGAUGACAGCAAGAAGGGAGGAUCACAAGGAGCUCCUGAAGCUACUGAAGCAGACGCGGAAGAAGGUUUGUUGCCCUGGCCAGUUCCAAUGGAUGUCAACACUCGGUUACGCCGUUUAGUUGCUGCUUAUCAACGCCAUCAAAAGAAGCAAGAACAGCAACAAGUCCAGAAGGAAGCGGAAACUCGCCGGAAAGAGAAGCAUGCUGCAGUGCAGAAGAAGAAGGAUGCACGUCGUCUGGAGCAGGAACAAAGGUGGUCCAAAAGAGAAGAGCAAGACUUUCUGCGCACAGUCACAUCCUAUGGUGUGGUAUAUGUAGCUAACACUGACUCCUAUGAUUGGUCGUACUUCCGGACUCUGGCUAAGUUGGAACGCAAGACUGAUGGUCGGUUGACUGACUACUACACUGCAUUCAUACACAUGUGCAGAGUUGUCACUGAAAUUGUACCAACCAGCCAAGCUGAUCCAGUUACGGUGUCUUUGCUCAAUGAGGAACGUGCCAUGCGGGCAUUGUCCAGGAUUGACUUGCUCUCUACCAUUCGUGAAGAGGUGUUGCAACAUCCUAAUCUUGACCGGCACUUGUCACUGUGUCAGCUGUCAAAUGAUGUACCAGAGUGGUGGCAAUGUGGUCUUCAUGAUCGAAGUCUUCUUCUUGGUGUGGCUAGAUACGGUCUUGCUCGGACGGAAUAUACUGUACUCUGUGAUCCAAACCUGCUCUUCUGCUCGAUAUUAAACUAUGCGGCACGCGAACUUGGACUGCCGCCUCCUACUUUUGAGCCAGUUGCAAAGGGUGAUGGCAGUGUGAAGUCACAUGGUGAAGCCUCAUUGAAUGAAGCAACAAGCUCCUCGAGCAAGGAAAACAGCAGCAGUCGCCAUCAUAGUGCACACCCAACCUCUUCCGACAGCAGUUCCAAGUCGUCCACUUCUGAUGCUGCUUGUGGCGGUGGUGAGAACUCUGCUGGUAUGCAGAUCAGUAUUUCACCAGAGAUCAUCACGCACGUCAGGUGGCCAAAGGAGCGGCACAUAGUGCGCCGUCUGCAGAGCUUGGUGUACACCGUGAUGCAAGGAGCAUGGCCAUCAGCAGAGGCCGUAGCAAGCCAUAGCAACGCCAGUGCUCAGUACUCUGUGCCGUGUGAGUAUGAGCAAGCCAUGUAUGAGGAUGAUGCAGCUUAUAGCAGUCCAGACGUGUCUGACAGCGAGGAUUUCGUUCCCAAGAAAUCUGACUUCAAGGUCAAGAGAGGUGAUGGAUUGAAGAUGACAUUCAAGACAAACAAAACGAAAGCUGCUGCUGCUGCUGCGUCUGGUACAGCCACACCCAUGUCCGAGUACAGCAGUCACAACUCUCCAGCGUCUCAAGCAGUGCGAGUGCCAGUCAUUCACAAACCGUCUGGUCGUAAGCUAGUGGGUCAAUCUGCUCCGCUUCAAAGUCAGCUGAAGGACUGGCUCAGAUCCCAUCCAGAUUACACUGUACUGCAGCAGGAAACAGAGCGCAAAUCAUCCCGUACACCAGCACGUGGCUAUGCAAGUGCAGUAGCCAUUGCUAACAUGAGUGAGACGGAUGAAAGUGUAGAAGAGCACUAUGACGAUGAAGAUGACUUCUCUCAAGAUCAGGACUUCGACGAUGAUGACGAUGAAGAAGACAAUGAUGGUGGUGCAUGGGGUCGUGCUAAGACUUCCGUUGCUCCACCUGCUGCCUCUGCUGCUGCUGCUGCAGCCGCUGGCAAGAAGAAGAAAGUUCACAAGAAAAAGAAGGCAAAGACAAAGAAGUCCAAGCAUCGUGAAGAGCCCGUUAAAUCUUCAUGCCGCCGUGAACCAUCACCACCGCCGCCCCCAGCGGCCAAAAAGAGGAAGCCUGGCCGCCCUCCUGCCUCAGCGGCUUCUGCCAGUGCAAGUUCCUCGGCUUCUUCCAAACGCCAGCAGUCUGUCAGUACGAAAAACCUUACUGGUGAGGAACGUGUCAGCGUUGUAAAUCGAAUUACUGGCCGAAAGAUUGCUGGUAAAGCUGCACCCACACUUCGCAAACUAGAACCUUGGUUGGAACGCAAUCCCACGUUUGACGUGGCACCUUCUUGGGCUGCUGCUGUUAUGAAGUUUGACCUACUGUCCAGUCAUCUUCAUAGUCGAGUACCCUAUGAAGCACCCAGUAACAGUAGUGCCAAAGCCACAGCCAAAUCAGCCAAAUCAGCCAAGUCGGCCAAGUCAGCCAAGUCCAAGCAGAAUAAUCACCAUCAUGCGUCUCAUUCCAGUCGCCAGAGUACUGCAGCAACAGCUAGAGCAGCUGCCUCUCUAAAUGGUGGUGAUGACAGUGAUGAGAAUUAUGAUGAUGAGUACGAGUAGCUUCAUAUUUGUGUCUAUACCGUCCUUGUACUGCUCUUUCUCGUACCUUCCUGUACAGCCUUUUUCACUAUACAUACUUGACUUGCUGUACAGUAGUGUGCAAUGUGCUUUGUAUUCUCAAUGGACGUAUGUGUUCAGGCACAUGUGUAUGUGGCAUGUAUCUGUGUCAGGCAAUCUUGUGCUCUAUGUAGCUGCUAAAUAAUGCAGCAUCUGUGUAUCAUACAGUUGUACUCAGUGAGUGUCAGUGCCAACUCACUACUCUGUCGGUAUCUGCACUGACUUACAUGUGCGUGCACAGUAGCAGUGGGCUAUGCACUACAUACUUCCAUGUCAAAAUUUUAUGUUUGUGUUUAUCGUGUCUGGUUGACCGUAGUCUGGUUGACUGUUGUCUACUACACGAGAUGCACACCAGGUAUUAUGCUCCUACUAACUACCAUGUGCCAUUGACUUGACAUUGUACAGCGGACUAUGCUGUGCACACUGUCAGCCUGUUUAGUAUGAGCACACAGUGGCAUGGUUAGUCAGUUUUCAACUUCCUGUAGCCCGUUGUUAGUGCUGCAUGAUGCUGCUAACAGUUACUGCCAGCACACUUCACAAUGUGGCUCUUUGCUUGCGCUGUGCCAAUCAUGCCACCCAAUACACAUUCAUUUCACAACAGUGUGUCGACACCUGGCCAACAAGUUCAGCGGCAGUGUGUAUGUGUGGUGUCCGCUUGUGCUAGCUAUGUAUGACUGUACAACAAUGUGUGACAAUGUGUAAGCGCUACACCUCUACACUACCUACGUCAAUUAAGUGCUGCCUGUGUUUCUAGGCAUUAGUGUACAGGUAUUUUGUAUUGCUGUUGCUGCUACUGCUGCCCACAGCCUGCCUGUACAUGCCUGCAUUCCUCUAGAGUGUAUGUGUGUGUUUGGUGGGUAAGUGUGCCGCACAUGUAGUAUUUGUUCCACACUUCAUGCCUUACUUGUAGUAUGCUACUGCUGUCUCUAUAAUGUACUACUGCUUCAGCUGGUCCUGCUUUCUACUGCCACCUCUUAUCAGUUCUUCUGGCAGUGUAAUCACAUAUAUUUUGAUCCUCUGUUCAGAUGUCAUCUGACCUAUUGAUGGCUCUCAUUUUAACCUUUGUGCUAAGCAAGUCUUGUACAUGUAUGCUUUUCCUCCCCAGUGAACAUGCAGUGUGACAGCGUGCUAUCAAAAAAUCAUAUCUUACUUAUAAUAUAUCACACACAUUAUCUUGCUGUGCACCUGUGUCUAGCUUGGGUUCAUGCUGCCUGGCUCGCAACAUGCCUCGCCCCCCUACUUUCUUUCUGCUUCUCCAGUAGCAUGUUUUUUGGUUUCUGCUUUGCUCUGUUUUUAACCUGCUCAAGUUCUUGUUUCAGAUGAAUUCUAUCCUCUA